AUUUUUUUCGAACAUAUUAUGGCCUUAUAAAGGUUUAAUUUAAAUAACUUGCAAACAAUUAUUAGUUUCGAAAAAUUGUUAGAUUCACUUGAACGCUUGAAAGACUUUGGAAGGAGUUGUGAAAAAAUAGAAAGGAACCUACUUAUGUUAGGUGUUAUACUGGCUCUGAAAAAAAGAAAUAUAAAUAAAAAAUUGUGGAUACCGAUUUUACAAAAAAAAUAUAUACCUUGUACAAUUUCAGAUUUUGAUUAUAAUGAGUGCAAAGAAAGGAACUCUCUUAUUUGCAUAUUUUAAAUUAAUUACGGUCGUUCUCUUAAUGCACAGCAGCGCAACAGUACAUGCGGCGCACACGUUUCGCGACUCUAAAGGAAGCCGAGUAAGACGUUCGUUGACAACGAUUUGUGUUGAGAUCAAACCCAGCCGUCAGCAAGAAGAACCAUAUUUACUGUGCAAAGGCGCGAAUCAGCCAGAAUAUGAGCAAUCUCAUCCACUUAUGAAUGCUGCAAGGAGAAAUUUUCAAAACAACUUCAACCCGAAUAUGAUGUUCGUGCCCGAUUUUCAACAAAUUAAAAAUAAUCAUCUGAGCCAAGCGCUAUUUCCACGUUAUUUGCAAAAUUUCCAACAACACCAGAGUACUUUAGAUAGUGCAAAACACAAUUUACCCUAUGUAAAUCCCACUGUCAACAAUGAACAUCCGCAAUUAAAUGGGCACGAGCCUGCUGUAACGACCACGUUCCCGCCAUUAUAUGAAGGCUCCAUAAACGGAAAUCAGCACAGGAAUCUGCAGCGUGUAAACGCGCCACCCUUUGUGGCUCCAAAUUUUGAUAAUUCUAAUGAAUUCAAUUCAAGAAUCACUACUGCGCAGCAACAAACUUUCCAGCCAGCAUUUAAUACAAAUAUGCCUCCAAUUAUUAUACCAACAGCUACGCCAGCUGUUCCAAUGGCGCUAAUAGCCGACAACCAAGUGCAGGAGCUCAAAGAACCUACUGUUGAAUUGAGCAGACGAAAUGUUCUUGCAAAUACAUUUACAUUGCCCACCGCGGAAGUAAGUUCACAAGAGAGUACUUAUGCCCAACCACCAUCUCCAACGUCAAAGCUUCACGCAUUACCAUAUGCUGAUGAUCCGGUUAUGCAGCAAUUUUAUAGCAUUCAACGUGAGCCCUCGAUGGUAACUAGCACACAUCGAGAAGAUUUGUUUGGCGUUCCAAAUGUGCACCGAUAUAUUGAAGCAUUACCUCCAGCUCCAAAUCAUGCUGGACAUAUGAACAUACCGAGAAGCUGCACAGUGGAAAACCAGUGCAAUAAUUUUCAAAAUGAAGCAAUAUCUGUUUCGGUAGCGCCAACGCAUAAUUAUUGUAACACUUUACCGUCAGUGCCGGCAUACGCCACGUUCCCGCCUAUUAUAAUAGCUUUACCCACGUAUAAUACAAUGCCAGCAGCAGUCACAACUGGCGCAUCGCCACCUUAUUAUAGGCCGUUUUCAACGACCAACACCAAUCCGUCUCAUGAAAAUUUUAUACGUGAUAACAUGUGUACGUAUCUACCACAACCCACAGAAAUGGUUAGCCUACCCAUUCAACCAUUUAUCAAUAACCUCCAACGUAGCUUAUUUCCUAAUUUUAAUAUGAUGCCACGUUUGACAGCAGGCUUACUAGGAUCGGCACGCAAAAUGCUGCCGGUGUUCCAUAACACACCUAACGCAUUCCGACCCACGGAACCCAUUACAGGAAUUUCAAAUCCCAAUACUUUACUUAACGCACCACAGUCUAUGCCGAUGGAGUCUACAAGUUCUAUGGACAACUUAAACCUCGCUCAGACAAAGGGCUUAGAGCACAAUGGAGCUGCGCAUUGGAGUAAUGUUCAGUCCACAACUGUACCUAUGCCCACGGAUAUAGUUGAACCAUCUGUUAUAGUUGCGUCCUCUCAAGAAGAUAGCUCUACUCCACAGCAUGUCGAAAAGGAAAGUUCUCCAACACCUAGUUCACUGGCGGCCCCACAAACAGAUCCAACAAGUGAUCUAAAAAUAGUUUCACCUACCGAAGCUAGCGAAACGAGUGCAGAGUCUACAAAAAAGAUUUUAACAAUCAUUGAAAAAGCGCGCCGACUUCAAAUGAGGCACAAAAUUGAAGAAUAACGAGCCACCUUAAAUAUUUAUUUAUUUUUAAUAGUAAAAAACUUAAAGUAAGAAUUAAUUUGAUAAUAAUUUACAUUUAUAUAUUAAGCAAAAUAUUAAAUUUACGAAGAACUAGGAUUUGUCUGAGA